UUAACUGUAAAAUGGAGAGUUCUAGGCAGACCACUGACUGACCUAAAUUCCUAAAUACAAGGCGGAUUUCCAUCCCCAAAGGUUUCUCUGGCUCAUCUAAAAGAUACCGAAGAAAUAGCUGUGGGGAGAGUUUAAAAGGCGGAAAACCAUCCCAUAACCUCGUUCUCCCAGUUUAUGACUUUAAAUAACCGUAAGAUAAUUACUUUCAAGAAGAUUCAUGAGAAGGUCAAGUAAGUUACUUAUCAAAUUCUCGGAUUUUCCUCCUGUUAUAGACCCUGGGAUUUCCUUGAGCUUAGCUCAGAUCUUAAUCCUGAUAAAAUCCAUGCAUAAAAUGUUAUAAAGCUCUUUAAGUGAGAUUUCCUCUAGAGUAAUUCUGGAGGUAGCAGCUCUGGGAUGCCUAAGCUAUGUUUUUAAGGCUUUGGGUUGAUAUUUAAGGGAGAAUUUAGUUGCAAAGGUCUUGAAGUUUGGUUACAACAUGGAGGGGCACGAAGAUGAGAAGGAUUUGGAGGUUGAGAGGGAGAUUUAAUUAUAAAAAGCUGGGUUUAGGGAAAAUUGAGUUUUAAGUGAGUUUUAGGGGGUUUUAGAGGGGAUAGAAAUAGAUUUUAGAAUUGGAUGGGUAGGGAUUUUUUGAAAUUUGGUAUCUUUGGUUGGAAAAUCAGAUUGUAUGCGUGAUGAGUAAAAGAGUUUGUAUUUUUUAAUAAUUCUUUUAAUCUUGUGGGAGCAUUUAACUAUGUUACUAAGCACCAUUGCUUUCAUUUCUUGACUAUAUGAUUAAAAAAUUCUUAUUUUCCUUACAAAUACCAACUUAACAUAUUUCAGAUGGAGUAUUUCAGUAAAAAUGCAAGAAAGAGCAUCUAGUGUUCCUAAUUUACACAAAAAGAUCCCGAAUUCUCCAAAUUCUCUUCCAAAUGAUUCAACUCGGAGAAAACAUCAUUUCAAUCGCUUUCAAGAGAAUAAAAAGAAGGAGAAAUCAAUCCAUGACUUGAACUUCUCUCAAGCAAUCCUUCAGACACUCGAAACGAGCAAUAGCUCAUUAUUGGUACACCAUAGUCUAAUCCCUAGAACAAAACAGAUCGUACGAAAUACAAUCAAUUCAGAAAGGAGAGCAAUAACUUCAAGAAUACAUUUACAAAAUAAAUAUUUGGAACAAAAGAAGUUCCUCCAUAACUCCAAAACCAAGGAUAAGAAUUCUUCCUUAUCACACACCAAGCAUAGUUCUAGCAGGCGAACUCUGAAGAGCUACAGGUCUUUCAGGAAGAUUGAUAUUCAGAAUUCAAGAGCAGUUAUGAGGAAACUACUUGAGAAAUUUAAAGGGUACCAGCAAUCAAUCAACGAAGAUGGUCCCAAUAUUUACAACGAGCAACAAAGAAUCAUGGAUAUCAUUGAAAAUGAAAAAUAAAGAUCUUACUGAUAAUAUUAGGAAGGAACUCAAAACUACUUAUGAGAAGUUGAACAAGGAAAAAUUAGGUUUUCUGGAACGAACGGCUAUUGGUAGCACUAAAAAUUUCUAUCAAAAUUCAGAUUCGUACUUAACAACCCCUGUUAAGUUAAACUUGAACACUGUCGAAGGCCCUCAGCACUCAAGUUCAAGCAAAAAGAUCAAGCUUAGUGAGAGGGCUCUUUUGAAUACUCGUAAGGACUUCUUAACAAACCAAAAAAUAAAGGAGGAAGAGAUAGGAAUUUCGAUUACUGCCCAUGAUUACUUCAAUCUGUUUUCUUCAGCUAACAAGAAACUCCUUUCCCUAAAGAAUAAGGUGAUUUCUUCACAGAUAUUUGCUGUCUCAAAGAUAAAACCUGGGAAUACCUCUCAAGAUAAAGAGAAAGCAUCAACUGAUAAGAUAAAGAAGUACCUAGCAAUCUGCAUCCUAAAGAAAAUCAUUGAGCAUCAGGAGUUUGAGCAAGCAAAGAUCAGGAAAGAAGAGAUUUAUCAGAAGUUCACUUGGGUAAAGAAAAUUAAAAGAUUUGCACAUCAGAUCCGUGAUUGUUGAGAUUGCCUUGAGGUGAUGAAAGUUACUUCAGAGCAAAUCUUGGUUCAUAAUUUGUUCCCUCAAAAAUCCUACUAUCGGCCAGGCUCAAGAGCUCUGAUCGAGGAGACUAAGGAAGGCAAUCUCAAACGUGUUAGAGAAAUAAUAAAGAAAAAUAGAUUUACAUUGUAUGACUUUGAUAGUACAAAUCAGACAGCUCUCCACUGGGCAGCAAAACGAGAUUUUCAUGAAAUUAUCAAGUUUUUCAUUGAAGUAGGGUGCUAUAUCGACUGUAAAGAUUCUAGCAACAGAACUCCUUUAUAUCUAGCUUGAAAGCGCGGCAACACAAGAUCUGUGAAAAUACUGCUUCUGAAUCGUGCAAAUCCUACUAUAAAGACUCUUCAAGGAAAAACUUGCUUAGAUGCAACUUCAGAUAUAGAAAUUCAGAGCUACUUGAAGAAGGCUAUCUUGUGGAGGGUCGCAAGAAGAUUCUACAACAGCAAAGCAAGGAUCAAUGAGCUUGAAAAGCAAAUGAAGAGUUAUCACACAAAGGUACAAGAACAGAUCGAUAAAGAAUUACUAUAA